GAUCGGCACACUAGUACCGUGACAUUACGAGGAGCCACGACACGCGGAGGCGCCAGCUGCAGAAACCAAACCCAAAAGGAUUCGCAUGGAUUUUUAAUUUAUUUUCGAGCGAGAGUGCAACUGUGUGUGCCAGUGUGUGUGUGUGUGUGUGCGGAACUGUGAUUAGAGUUUGGGGCAAAGGACAACCAAGGAUAAAGCUACACAAGAACCCCCUUUGAGGCUUUCGGAAUAUAUUCGUGCAAUCAGCGAUGGCUCUUAGAUGGGCUCUCCUGUUGGCGAUGCUGACGCUGGCGCGGAGUGCCAAGUUGGACAACAAAUAUCUGCCGCCGCCAGCGAGUGCGGCCAGCGCGGGUGGCAGUCCGGGCGCCGGGCUGCAGGGACCUGGCAGUGGCUUUGGCCGGGGAGGCGGUGCCGCUGGUGGCGGUGGCAACAAUGGCUUGGGUGGCAUCAACAACGGGCUGGGUGGCUUCUCGGGCGCUGGAGGCCCAAGUCGACCCAUUGGACCGGCACCCGCUCAACGGCCCAGUGCUCCAGCGGGUGGCGCCCCGCCGGCCGGUCCGCCCAUUCCGAUUUUGUCGUUUGUGAACGAAAACGACGGCGACGGCAACUACCGCUUCAGCUACGAGACGGGCAACGGCAUCAAGGCGCAGGAGGAGGGCACCGUGAAGAACAAGGGAUCCGACAGCGAGAUCCCCUCCGUCAUGGGCUCCUACUCGUACACCAAUCCCGAGGGCGAGCUGGUCGAGAUCUCCUACACGGCCGAUGAGAACGGGUUCGUGCCCUCCGGAGCAGCCCUGCCCACGCCACCGCCCGUGCCCGAGGCCAUUGCCAAGGCGCUGGCUGCCCAGGGCAUUAACAUACUUCCGGGUGGUGGCUUCAGUGGAGGAGCUGGUGGCCAGGGAGGCGGAGGCGGAACAGGAUAUGGGGGAGGAUCUGGAGGAGGCGGUGGCCAAGGAGGCGGCGGUGGUGCAGGCUAUGGCGGUGGAGGAGGUCGUGGUGGGGCACCAGGAGGCGGUGGCCAAGGAGGAUAUGGAGGAGGUCCUGGCGGUCCAGGUGGCGGCGGUGGCCAAGGAAGCGGCGGUGGAGCCGGUCGCGGUGGUGCCCCAGGAGGCGGUGGCCAAGGAGGAUUUGGUGGCGGCGCUGGAGGCGGCGGUGGCGCAGGCUAUGGCGGUGGAGCCGGUCGUGGCGGUGCACCGGGAGGCGGUGGUGCUCCGGGAGGCGGUGGCCAGGGAGGAUAUGGAGGUGGUCCAGGCGGUCCAGGAGGAGGCGGUGGCGCAGGGUAUGGCGGUGGAGCUGGCCGCGGUGGUGCCCCUGGAGGCGGUGGUCAAGGUGGAUUCGGAGGCGGCGGAGGAGCAGGCUAUGGCGGUGGAGCAGGUCGUGGUGGUGCUCCAGGCGCCGGAGGCCAAGGAGGAUUUGGAGGUGGUCCUGGCGCACCAGGAGGAGGCGGUGGCCAAGGAGGCGGCGGUGGUGCUGGCUAUGGCGGCGGAGCGGGCCGCGUUGGUGCCCCGGGAGGCGGUGGCGCUCCGGGAGGGGGUGGCCAGGGAGGAUAUGGAGGUGGGCCUGGCGCCCCAGGCGGCGGCGGUGGCAAGGGAGGCGGCGGAGGAGCAGGUUAUGGCGGUGGUGCUGGAGGAGCUGGUGGCCAAGGAGGAUUUGGUGGCGCAGCUGGAGGAGGCGGAGGACAAGGAGGCGGCGGAGGCGCAGGCUAUGGCGGUGGAGGCGGUCGUGGUGGUGCACCAGGAGGCGGUGGCCAGGGAGGAUAUGGCGGUGGUCCUGGUGGUCCUGGAGGAGGUGGUGGAGCUGGCCGCGGUGGUGCCCCAGGCGCCGGUGGCCAAGGAGGAUUUGGAGGUGGUCCUGGCGCACCAGGAGGAGGCGGAGGACAAGGAGGCGGCGGAGGCGCAGGCUAUGGCGGCGGUGCCGGUCGUGGUGGUGCCCCAGGAGGCGCUGGCCAAGGAGGAUUUGGUGGCGCCCCUGGUGGAGGCGGUGGACAAGGAGGCGGCGGUGGCGCAGGUUAUGGCGGAGGAGCCGGUCGCGGUGGAGCGGGUGGCCAAGGAGGAUUUGGAGGUGGUCCUGGCGCACCAGGAGGAGGCGGUGGCCAAGGAGGCGGCGGUGGAGCUGGUCGCGGUGGUGCCCCAGGAGGCGGUGGCCAAGGCGGAUUUGGUGGCGCCCCUGGUGGAGGCGGUGGCCAAGGUGGCGGCGGUGGUGCAGGACGCGGUGGUGCUCCAGGUGGCGGCUAUAUCCCUCCCCCACCCGGACUCCCUGGUGGUGGACGAGGCAGCGGGGACUUCAAUCCCCAGACUGGCUACAGCUACUGAGCCCACCGACGGGCUCGCUUCCCUUCCAGCCAAAACCACAUCACUCCGAUCGAUGGAACCUCAGUGCAACGCAAACGCAAACGCAAUCUGC